UUUGUUUAUUACUAAACUCUUCUUUCUUGGGAAUUCUCCUGCUCUUUUUGACGAUCGCUCGCGAUCGCGGAUGUCUUCAAUGAUUUCUCUUGAUUCCGCUCGUAUUCUCUGCUUUCGUGGAAAAAACUCUCGCGGGCUUAUCCUCCAUUUUUCAUCCCCUAUAAUGAAAACCUCUCCCGAUGGAACAAGACUUACCCAUCGCCAUGGGUCGACACUGCUUUAGCUUAGGAUGAGAAUUAUGUUGAGCAGUCGCGCGUUGAACUUGAACCAGAAAAGAGCUACAACAUCCAGCAAGCACCUUCGGAAGGUAACGAUCGAUUUGCAAAACUGUGAGUUAAACAUCAACUAAGAUGCUACGAGUCACGCUGUUGCUGUUCGUAGCAAUGGUCGCAAUUGUUUCUGCCGGGCCAACGGUAAGAAAGGAUGAUGCGGCCAACGCCAUUACAACAUCCACCGCGGUGCCAGAAGCGAAACCACCGGCAACUGACGAACCUCCGGUGGGCGAAAGCGCUUCAACUCCAGGUUCCAAGCUCCAGGUCAGUAAUGAUGAACAAUCGAGCAAUGCCACGAGCACCGUUGCUAGUGCAAUGCAAACAACGGGAACCGAAUCAACAACGGCAGCGUUGUCCACAACAGUGACAUCGUCGACGAGCAAACCAACAACAGUGUCGACGACACUAUCUACCACGACAAAACCCCCAGUCAGCGGAGUGCCGACUGCACCAACGAUUAAGCCUCCGCGUAAAACGAUCACCUUCGAUCAACGCCAAGAAGGCAAAUACAACAUUCGCGCCGAUUUGGAAAACUUUGUAAUCGUGGUUGUCCCAUCUGGCUCUUCGUCCGGUGCAUCGUUGCUCGAUUUGCUGACCCGUUCGGCACAUAAGAAGGAUGCACAUCACCAAACACGCAAAACAUCCCACAAACGCAAGAACAACAAAGCCCACGGUGUGCAGAAGAAGAUCUCCCAGGUAACACCGGAAGUAAUUGUACUGGACGAGAACCACCAACGGUCGGGUCAGCUCGAGACGGAAGAGUUCAUCGAGGGCCGUACACCAUACAAGGUGGACCUGUCCAGCAGUGCGCGUAGCGUUGAUGGAGCCGACACGGAUGCUGGACCGAAUUCGUCGGACCGUAAACCGUCGUUUACGUUCAGUGUGGAACCGGCGUCAUCGAGCCGUUUGAUUCGGUUCCCUGCCUCGUCAGGUAACUAUCCCCAUCCGCAUACCGCCCGGGCUUUCUCGGUCGAUGGGCAUGGCAACGGGCGGGCCCUGCGGGUAGGCGGGUAUCCUAACACUAACACCCUGGUAGUAGCCGCUGGUAGUAGUAGUGACACUAACAAUCACCUCCUUCCUGGUGACGGGGACAACCCACAACGUGACGGAACCACCUCCCUGCUACUGCUUCGCCGGAGCGACGACGCCGGAAACGUGGCCGAACCGGAACGUGACGGUAUCGCCGGGGACAACGGGUUGGUCGUGUACCAUUCUCACCAUCCACCUUCCUCCUUCGACAGCCUAGAGUUUGAGCCGUUGCGCUCCGACGUCGACAUGACGCAGCUCCAGCUACAGUCGGACAACGAAUUCCGCUACGACGAUCUAGAGCAGAACGAUGCCGACACACUGGACGGGGACUGGGACGAGCUGCGACUACUCGGCGCACAGGAACAGUGCGGUCCGGACCGGAAGCGGGACAGCUAUGGCGUAUGUCAGUUUGUGCAACCAUGAACCGCGCAGCCCCGGUUCUGCGUAGCAGAUUUUUUUUGUUAGUGAUAAGCUCGUAUGUUAAGUGUGCUAGGACGGAUGAUCUCCCGCAGCUCGUGCGAUUCGCGAGCUUUGCCGGGGUGCUUUUGCGCUAAAAGAAACUGCCUUCUAAUGCUGUUUUAUUUAUUGAUGCCAUCGUGCCAAAUAAAAGCUAUAUUCUACUCGA